GCGGCCGCCAGGUCGCCCCGGGCUGGCCGAACCCCUUGCUGCCCGGAAACAAAGUGCACCUUUGUCAGAGACCUGGCGCGUGUGAGCGGCAGACGGCGGGCCGCGCGGAACCCCAGGAGCGCGCCUUCGCUCGAGUCUCAGCUCACUCCUGGGCCUCCCACAGCAGCGUUCUGCCGCCUUGGCUUGUGCUUUCCGCUUUCUCGGAUCUUGGCGGGACAGGAAAGGGACUCUGCGCUCCAGGAGUGGGGGUUUCGCCUUGGCUGAGUCGUUUUUGACUCCUGCCGGCGAGGCUGGGCCGCCUGGGCUCAGCGCCAUACCGGCAGCAGUCCUGCUCCACAGUCCCGGUGCAAUAGAGCCCUCGCCCCGUCAGACGCGGGACUACAAUUCCCAGCAUUCCUCGCAUUCAGAGCGCGCGGUGGGAGUUGCCUCGGGGCAGACGCCUGCGCGCUGCAGCGGCUCGAGCCUGGAGUACCACACCCCCGGGAGGGGAGCGAGGGGAGGCUGAAGCAUCCGAAGCAUUAAAGCAUCCGAGGGAGCCGGAGGGGAGGAGAAUGGAGUGACAGAGACGCGCGGAGGGUGGGGGGUGGGGGGGAAAGUGUUGAGGGAGGGGGGAGGGGGGACACAGAGGGAGGAAGAAGCGGCGGCGGCGUCUCUUCGGUGCAGAGGGGGAAACUCCGCGGGCUCCGAGAAAGAAUAAUGCGGUAGCAGGCAGGCUGCUUGCUCUGGGGUUUGGCAGCAGCGGCGGCAGCUUGAACAGCGGCAGCGGCAUCACCCCAGACGCUGACAGCACAGCCGGCCGGCUCCCUCGCUGACUGCCGACUGUCAAUGGAGCUGGAAAACAUCGUGGCCAACACGGUCUUGCUGAAAGCCCGGGAAGGGGGUGGAGGAAAGCGCAAAGGGAAAAGCAAGAAGUGGAAGGAAAUCCUGAAGUUUCCUCACAUCAGCCAGUGUGAAGACCUCCGAAGGACCAUAGACAGAGAUUACUACAGUCUAUGUGACAAGCAACCAAUUGGGAGACUGCUUUUUCGACAGUUCUGUGAAACCAGGCCUGGGCUGGAGUGCUACAUUCAGUUCCUGGACUUAGUGGCAGAAUAUGAAAUUACUCCAGAUGAAAACCUUAGGGCGAAGGGGAAGGAAAUAAUGACCAAGUACCUCACUCCAAAGUCCCCAGUCUUCAUUGCCCAAGUUGGACAGGACCUGGUCUCUCAGACAGAGAAGAAGCUCCUGCAGAGCCCCUGCAAAGAACUCUUCUCUGCUUGUGCUCAGUCUGUCCAUGACUACUUGAAGGGAGACCCCUUCCACGAGUACCUGGAUAGCAUGUAUUUUGACCGUUUUCUGCAGUGGAAAUGGUUAGAAAGACAACCAGUGACCAAAAACACUUUCCGGCAGUACCGAGUGCUGGGCAAAGGGGGCUUUGGAGAGGUCUGUGCCUGCCAGGUUCGGGCCACUGGUAAAAUGUAUGCUUGUAAACGCUUAGAGAAGAAGAGGAUCAAAAAGAGGAAAGGCGAAUCCAUGGCACUCAACGAAAAGCAGAUUCUUGAGAAGGUCAACAGCCAGUUUGUGGUCAACCUGGCCUAUGCCUAUGAGACCAAAGAUGCACUAUGCCUGGUUCUGACCAUUAUGAAUGGUGGUGACCUGAAGUUUCACAUCUACAACAUGGGGAAUCCUGGCUUUGAGGAAGAGCGAGCCUUAUUUUAUGCAGCUGAGAUCCUCUGUGGCCUAGAAGACUUACACCGUGAGAACACUGUCUAUAGAGAUCUAAAACCUGAAAACAUCUUGCUGGAUGAUUAUGGCCACAUAAGAAUCUCAGACCUCGGACUGGCCGUGAAGAUCCCUGAGGGAGACCUUAUCCGUGGCCGGGUAGGCACUGUUGGCUACAUGGCCCCAGAAGUUCUGAACAACCAGCGAUAUGGACUGAGCCCUGACUACUGGGGCCUGGGCUGCCUCAUCUAUGAGAUGAUUGAAGGCCAGUCACCAUUUCGAGGUCGCAAGGAGAAGGUUAAACGGGAAGAGGUGGAUCGCCGGGUGCUGGAGACUGAGGAGGUGUAUUCCUCCAAGUUCUCUGAAGAGGCCAAGUCCAUCUGCAACAUGCUGCUCACCAAAGACUCGAAGCAGAGGCUGGGCUGCCAGGAGGAGGGGGCCGCCGAGGUCAAGAGGCACCCCUUCUUCAGGAACAUGAACUUUAAGCGCCUGGAGGCUGGGAUGUUGGACCCUCCCUUCGUUCCAGAUCCCCGGGCUGUAUACUGCAAGGAUGUGCUGGACAUUGAGCAGUUCUCCACUGUGAAAGGUGUCAACCUGGACCAUACGGACGAUGACUUUUACUCAAAGUUCUCUACAGGCUCUGUGCCAAUUCCAUGGCAAAAUGAGAUGAUAGAAACAGAAUGUUUCAAGGAGCUGAAUGUGUUCGGACCUAACGGUACCCUCUCACCAGACCUGAACAGAAGUCAGCCUCCAGAACCGCCAAAGAAAGGGCUGUUCCACAGACUCUUCAGGCGUCAGCAUCAAAGCAAUUCCAAGAGUUCACCUACUCCUAAGACCAGUUGUAACCACCGAAUAAAUUCAAACCACAUCAAUUCAAACUCCACUGGAAGCAGCUAGUUUCGGCUCUGGCCUUGAAGUCAAAAGUGGAACCAGCUCAGAGCCUUCUACUUGGAAGCAGAAUUUGUAGCCAGGGGAGCUUCCAGUGUGGUUCAGUGGCCAGCAAAGCUCCAAUGGGAACUAAGAUAGGAGACCGUUCCCCCAAUAACAAACCUCCAAGUUUCUCAAAGAAAUUUCCACUCAGGUCUGUUUUCCAAGGUGGCCCCAAGCUGGGGUGGACUAGAAUUUUCCUUGUUGAACAUUGCAAUAGAAACCCAAUGGGAUAUGACAGCUUGCACGGAUUUUAAUAGCAUCCUAACUAGAACUGAAUUUUGUCUUUAUUAUUUUUAAAGGAAAGUUUUGUAAAUUUCUCUAUUGUCUCUGUUUACAUUUUGUAUAUUUGUAUUUAAGUGAAAGUCAGACUUUGAGGGUGUAUAUUUUCUGUGCAGCCACUGUUAAGCCAUGUGUUUUAAGACAUUUUAGAUUGGAGGGGGGGGGGUUACAAAAAAUGUGACUCUAGACUUCCAGAGCCUCAAAAGAGAUAAUGUUUUUAUUAAAUAUAGAAAAUAUCUCACUUUUUACCUUUAAAGACCUGAUUACAUCUAUCUACAUCCAUCUCUCUGCCUUUUCCCCCCUCAGUGUAGCUAUCACUCUCCUGUUGACUUGUAACAAGCUGAAUGAAAUGCCAGAACGCACUUGGGCCAUCUCCCAAUCCAAACACUCUCUGUGUGCUAUGACAUCAUUGGUAAGAGUACUUCUAUGAGCAGGACUUAGACAUUGCAGCGUCAUUGGCCUCCUCCUGUAGGGCAUCCAGCAUGUAGGGCAAGGAAUCCUAAAUCAUUGGAAUAGAGAUCGUGGCUGCUAAAACCAGUAGUUUUAAGAGGUUUUGUUAUAUUUGGGGAUUUCUGUUAUAUAUUCUUUUUAGGAGUUUGUACUGAUGAUAAUGAUGCGUCAUGAAAACCCAAGUGUUCUCAAUCAUGGAACUAUGGAGAAGUGUGAAUUGGGAUCCAUCCUGAGUGACUACCUCCAAGUUUGUUUAGGCCUUGGCUGGUCAGCAAACUGGUCACCAGACCAUGAACCUUCAUGUGACUCCACUUAUUUGUUGGCUUCUGUGACAUGAAGAAAGUCUCACCAGGAAAAUAGGAUGCCUGAGAGCAAGCCUAGGCACCAGUGAAGUAUAAAGGCAAUCUCAUUGUCACUUCCCCAGGAGAGAUGGGUCAGAGGCUGGUUCUAAUUGGGCAUCUCAAAGUCACAGGCAAAAAUCACUCCCGUAACAUUUAGAUGGGCUUACCUUUCUAGUACUGGGGAGUUGUCACCUAGCCCCUGAAGUCCUAGGAGGUAACAAAGAAUACAUUUGGUCUCACCUUCCCACCAGGACAAGGUGAGCAGCUAGUCUUACUGCUCCCUGGGAAGCUGAAGCUCUGAAUACGACUCUGCCUCAAAACUUGUCUCAGCCACCAAUUACUAGGGUUUUUUACAGGAUGAGGCAGGUGCUACCUGAAUCAGCCCCUGUUACAAUGCAGACUCCUAGGCUACACCCCAAGCCUACUAUGUGGUGAUCUUAUUUUGUAGUUCAGGCUGGUUUUAAACACAUAUCUUCCUGCUUCAGCCUCUGGAAUUCUAAGGUUACAGGUGCAUACUACCAUGGAAUCUGUAUCUAUACUAAGUAUCUCAAAUCUGGUGCACUUCCCCUUGUCCACUUGCUCCAUACUGUAGUGUGAGAACCAUUCCCCAGGCCUGUGAGUAUGGCCAUACCAAAUGUGUUUUUUGAGGGACCUGACAACCUUGGGUCUUGAGUCUUCCAGGAAGAGAAUCCCAAGCAUAUCAGUCUCGUAUCUUUGAUCUAAGCUCUCCCAAGGCUCAUUGCUAGAAAAGAGCCUUUGGGAAUGAUCAUUCUGAAAUCAGUUAACCAAGAGAGUUAAAACAGCCGGGCUCCAUGGUGAAAAAUUAACUUCAAGCCUGGCUCCCAGGCUACUUCUGAACUUUUCUUGGGCUAAACAUGAAGCAGAUGCAAGUGACCGUAUUCAGGUUUUACUGGGGAGCAGGACACUCAGUACUCCCAGAUCAUCAAGCCCUUGCUGACACUUCUUCCUUAAGGAAAAGAAGAAUUAUCGUCUUCCUGGGAUGGUCAUCAGCCUCAGCCACACACAAUCCCUGCCUCCUCCUUACAGGUUUGUUUCUUACUUCCCCAUCCACGGCUGUUUAACUCUUAGGAACUCUUAGGAAGCAGUUUCUCCUUAGGCCGCAAAGUCAAAGCAGUGUCCAUUGUAGCAGAGAAUCCCUGGGAGGGGGGGUGGGGGGGAUGCAAGUCUGUCUACCAAGAGUUCCCACCAUGAGGUCCUGAAAGGCCUGUACAUGGACAUGUGCCUGAGUGCCUGUGGGAGGUAAGGAGAGUCAUGUGAUUCAGUCUUUCACUCAUGGCUUCAUAAUAGAACCGUGUGUGAAAACUGGCUCUCCUCCCUAAGUCUUCCUCCUGCUUGUGUUUCUGUAGCUGCAUUUUUAGAAGGUAUUUUUUUUUUGUUUAAUGAAAACAAGCCUUCUGCCCUUUCACCUGUCCAGGAGAAAGUGUGUGUAGCUAAUGAACAGACUGUGUUGUGUAUCUGAGCUCUUUGCAAAAGAGCCUUUCUUCAAGGGUGGCAUUUUUCUCACCAAAUUUCCACUGACUUGGAAUGAGAAGCUUCUCUGCUUUUGCUGUUUGGGAGAUAGGCCUCUGCUAUGAUCAUUCUGACUUAUAAUUGUCCAUUAAACCCUUCAGGAGGGGACUCAGAAUAUCAAGAAGGCCUGAUCCCUACCUUCCAGGAGGAUGGUGUCUAUCCUUGACUUGAGCCUGAACUACAAGGCUCCAUGCUCACCCAGUUCUCUAGGGGCUGAGUCUGGCUGCAGCCACAGGGCUAGUCUCUGAAAUGUGUUGUUCUCUUGGAGGGGCAGGCAGCAAGAGGCUUGCCACACGGACACAGGCAGGUAGCUCCAGUAACAAGCAUGCCUCAUAGUUACUGACCCAUGAUGUUUCUGAUGAGUCCAUAUGCGUGGGGACAUGAACAUGCCACAUCUUUACAUUAGAGGAGCAAGUAAGAUGGGAAUCUGCCUCAUAGCUGAGGCCAGCCCCUAAAAAAGCUGAGAUCAGAAAGUUUCCAUGGAACUUAGCCCCACUGUUGAAAUCCAUUUUUUUUUUUGAACCAUGUACUUUCUUGAAAGUCUGACUCUACUUUCCAUCAAAUUCACUGAGCUACUAACCUCAACAUAGAACAGGCAAUGCAACUUCCUGUAGCUUAGCAUCCUAAGCCUUGAUAAAGGAAAUGGUGGCAGCUUCUUUGGACAAUUAGAGUUCACAAGAGAAGAAUAGGAAAAAAAUGAUUCAAACAACACUGGACUCUUCUCAUGAGCUAUUGUGUGCUUGCUUUUCUGGCAGUAUCCUUAUCCCUUUCUGAGGGUCUCCCAUCUUCAUAAGCCAAUACCCUGAGAUAAGACCUUAUUGCUUCUUAGGUUUUACUAUGGAAAGGCAGUAUAAAGCCUCUUCCUCCAAACUACAAUUGAUAUGCCUACCCUUGGAUCACCUUCUGUACCUAUUUAUAUAACCAGCCACCCAGUUAUUGAAGCUGACAGGCAUGUAGGCCAGAUCCUGCAUAGGCACAUAUGAUGCCUCCUCUGAAAAGUCUUAACUCAGGACAAUGGUUUAACAUAUGACAUAGGGAAGAAGUACCCUUUACCCUAAAAGAAGAUGCUGGGCAUUUUUCCAGUUCAGUGACACACCAUCCUAUAAUAGAUCACAAGUAAAUGUUGUCCAUUAGAAAGACAUUGUGGCUACUGGCAUUGUUAUAAUAAUUCUAUUUUCCAAAGGUUUCUAUUUUUCCCAGGGAGAUUUUUAGCAUUAAUGAAUGGAUGUGGUUCCAUCUUGGAGGUUAUUGUCAAAGAUAACAGCUUCUGUUGUGCUGCUCUGAACCUCACAUGUUCCAUUCACUAUGUCACAGUGCCACCUUGUCUAGCCACAACCACUGUUAUUUUAUAGAGAAAUAAAUUCCUUAAUGAACAUAA